AGUCAGUUGUGGAUCAGUCAUACUGAUGCAUACACGGCCAGCGCACACAGACAUAAUGGGUAACGUUUGGUUUCUGUGCACCGUUCUGCUUAUAUUCACCUUACCUGAAGGAUGGUUUAAACCUGUUAUUGUCCCUGAUGCCCCUCAUUUGGUGAUACUCAAAGGUGAACAACUACAACUUAGUUGUUAUGUGGGAGAGGGAAACACGGGUGGGGUGCGAUGGCUGCGAGAUAAAGGCCGGAGGAUUGAAGGAGAACGCGAGGAAGACGGAGCCAGCGUCAUCUCCCUCACCUCCACACAGAUACAGCAUAUGGGUCGCUAUACAUGCGAAAACACAAACACAAGCACGAAAACCUCCAUCUACAUCUACGUGAAAGACUUAGAAAAUGCAUUUGUGCGCUCCAUGUUGAAUGGCCUUCUGGCGAAGGAAGGAGAGAACUGCACCCUUCCGUGUUUGGUAACAGAUCCAGCUGUCAGUCAACUGUCUCUGCAGACCUGCGCUGGCUCCGCCCUCCCAGAUGGACUCACCUACACCACGCAUCCUCAGAGAGGCAUCACCAUCAGAAACGUCUCCAAGGCUUUCGAGGGGUGCUACGUUUGUGCAGGGAAGAUGGAUGAAGUACCCGUGAGGUCAAGCGAGUAUAACCUGGACGUUCGGCUAGUUCCAGAGACGGUGCCAGUACUCAGCCUAUCCAGAUCAGAAAAUGAAAUACGGAUUCAGGAUCAGGAGUUUGAACUUACCUGUACUACCAGCAACAUCAACCAUGAUUUUCACCUGAGCUGGAGCCUCCCCACUAAAGCGGUAGCAAAGCAGAUCCACAACUCUCACAUCCUGAUUGGUUCUCGAGGAUAUAAGCGAUCGAUAACAGUUUGGAUCCAAUCUGUGAAAAUGAGCGACUCUGGAGUUUACCGAUGCCUGGCGCAAAAUGAGAAGGGCAUCUCCACGGCAACGGUCAAUUUGGAGGUUUAUGAACACGGGUUCAUUAACCUCACAGAGGGAGAGGACCAUGUGGUGAAAGUGAGAGAGGGAGAGAGUCUGACUCUGAGCGUGGAGAUGACAUCAUACCCCAAACCCAGUGAUGUCAACUGGACCUACAACAACCAACAGCUCAAAAACACAUCCGAGCACGUCAUUACGCUACACAACCAGCAGUACAGGUACACCAGCGAACUGAGACUGGUUAGAGUUCAUGGAUCAGAGGGUGGGAUCUACACGUUCUCGGCCAGUCACAACUAUACAUCUGUCAAUAAGUCAUUCACUGUCCACGUUAUAUGUAAACCUGUAAUUGUUUACCAGGAGGGGCCGGUUGAUGGACAGGUGAGGUGCGUGGCUUCCGGAUAUCCUGUCCCUAAAAUAUCUUGGUAUUACUGCGAGCCUCCACUUACACGGUGCUCCCACCUGCUGAAUUCAACACAGGCAGAUGAGGAGGUUGCUGUAGUAACCGUGUCCGGGUCCGAGUUCGGACGGAGCGAGGUGGAAAGCCGACUUAAUAUCAGUAAAGGAAAAUAUCACACUCUUGAGUGUGUGGCGUCCACACAGGGCGAACAGGCCUACACCUUAUUUUCCAUCAGCGAAAGAACUGUGCCCCAUAAACUCUUCACACCUCUGCUGUCUGGUGUUGUCUCCACUUCUGUUCUGCUCAGCCUCAUUCUUGUGGUUCUGCUUUACAAAUACAUGCAGAAACCAAAAUAUGAGAUCCACUGGAAGGUGAUAGACAGUUUUGAUGGGAACAAUUACACCUACAUAGACCCUACACAGCUGCCGUAUGACCCUAAAUGGGAGUUUCCAAGAGAAAGACUGCGUUUUGGGAAAAUUCUCGGCUCUGGAGCUUUUGGUAAAGUGGUAGCAGCUACAGCAUAUGGACUCUGCUCAGCAGACACAGUGACCACCGUUGCUGUUAAAAUGUUAAAACCGAGCGCUCAUUCCACUGAGAAGGAGGCUCUUAUGUCUGAGCUGAAGGUUUUGAGUUACCUUGGUAGCCACAUGAACAUUGUCAACCUGCUUGGAGCCUGUACAGUAGGAGGCCCCACUUUAGUGAUCACAGAGUACUGUUGCUAUGGUGAUCUUUUAAACUUCCUUAGGAGAAAGAGGGAUGCAUUUUUUAGUUCCAAAACCGGAGACGGAUACUACAAAAAUUUGCUCAGCCAAACACAGCCUUCAAGUGAAGGGAAUGAAAAUGGAUACAUGCCCAUGAGGUCCUAUCAGAAGAGAUCAAAUCAGACAGAAUGGUGUGAUGAUAAAGAUGAUCUCUCUUUGGAUACUGAGGAUCUGCUCAGCUUCUCAUAUCAAGUUGCUAAAGGCAUGGACUUCCUAACCUCCAAAAAUUGUGUCCAUAGAGAUCUGGCAGCCAGGAACGUUUUGCUGACUCAGGGUCGACUUGCAAAGAUAUGUGAUUUCGGUCUGGCACGUGACAUCACUCGAGACUCCAACUAUGUCCUGAGAGGAAAUGCACGUCUCCCAGUGAAAUGGAUGUCUCCAGAGAGUCUUUUUGCUUGCGUGUACACGUUCGAAAGUGACGUCUGGUCCUACGGCAUCUUACUUUGGGAGAUCUUCUCUCUGGGUAACACACCAUAUCCUGGGAUUCAAGUUGGAUCUACUUUCUAUAAGAUGAUACAAGAUGGAUACCGAAUGAGCGAGCCUGAGUUUGCCCCAAGUGAAAUUUAUGAGGUGAUGAGAUGGUGUUGGAGUGUCGACCCUCUGAAGCGACCGACCUUCAAGAAGCUGGUGGAACGAACUGAACUUCUGCUGUCAGAAACCACCAAACAUGAUUAUCUGAAUCUAAGUACUAGUGGCAGCUGUGAGGCAUUUGUUCCUCCCAACCUGCAGAGGGCGCAGCGUCUGAGUUCCAUAGGCAGCUCUACAGCCUCGACUCAACCUCUACUGCAGGCCACCAAUGACGUUUUUUUGGAACCCCAGCUUGUAUAAUUAAGAUCACAACAGCACAUAUUUAGUUUUGCCUCAAAUUCGUAGUUUUCUCUUUGACCUGAAGAAAGCCAAUGGCCUUAUCUUUCAUUUAAGUUCUGUCAUUUUUGUUUUUUUUAUUGUGGCUUGAAGUGUUUAGUUUUUCGCAACUUAACUCGUUCAAUAUGUUUAAAAGAGUGUUAGCUCAGCAUGUCCGCAACUGAACUCCUAGUAGUUGUUAAAGGAAUAGUCUACUCAUUUUCAAUAUUAAAAUAUGUUAUUACCUUAACUAAGAAGAGUUGAUACAUCCCUCUAUCAUCUUAGUGCGUGCACGUAAGCGCUGGAGCGCGCUGCUACACUUCGAUAGCAUUUAGCUUAGCCCCAUUCA